UUAUUUACUGCACUCCUUCCACUGUCAGUAUUUCGAAAAGGCCGACCCCUAUGAAAGCACAUUCUAGAGGGAGAAACCUCUUGGAUUACAGUACAGGCAUCACCUUAGACCUUUGGUACAGAACGGAUGUUCAAACACACACAAGCUGGGGAGCUCCCAUCAUGUGGGAUGGCAUAUUCCAGGCUGAUCUGUACGACCAGACUCACAGGACAAAUCGAUCGUCUGUGGCGCUCACUGUGUUCGCCGUGGGCAGGUACCUGGACGCCUACCUCGGGGCCUUCCUGAACUCCUCCGAGCGUCACUUCAUGGUGGGUCUCCCGGUGAGGUACUACAUAUUCACAGACCUGCCCGAGAAGGUGCCUGACCUCCAGCUGGGCCCUCAGCGAAGCCUGGAGAUCAUCAGAGUGGAGGGCCACUCCCGUUGGCAGGACAUCUCCAUGGCCCGCAUGAAGACUAUUGCGGACACCAUUGAGUCUGUCAUCCGUCACAGCAGCACCCACGUCUUCUGCAUGGACGUGGACCAGGUGUUCACGGCCAGGUUCGGCUCGGAGGCUCUGGGCGACCUGGUGGCCCUGCUCCACGCCUGGUACUACAACCUCCCCAAGGUGCUGUACACGUACGACCACAACCCGCAGUCCAGCGCCUUCAUGGUGACGGGGGACUUCUACUACCACGCGGCCGUGUUCGGAGGCUCCUGCGCCAGCGUGAAGGCCCUGGCCGAGGUCUGCUAUCAGGGGAUCCUGCGGGACAUGGAGAACGGCGUGGAGGCACUGUGGCACGACGAGAGCCACCUCAACAAAUACUUUUGGCUGCACAGACCCAGCAAGGUGCUCUCCCCAGAGUACUGCUGGGACCCAUUCAUUGGCCAGAAGAGCGACAUACGUGUGGCCAGGCUACUCUGGGCAUCAAAGAAUUACAAAAAACUGCGCCCCAAUGUCUAAAUG